AUGACAGGACUCACUGAUGAUGCCGACUACGAUGCCGGCGAAAUGUCUGAGAAUGUACCAAGUCCGAUUUUGGGAAUUAUGCUAACUACUAUGGCAGAGGACUUCGGACAAGGUGCGUUCUACUAA